AUGGAUGGAGGACAGGUGAGCAAGAAGGAUCUCGGGGGCGUGCUCAUGCAGGCCAUGCUCGCCGCGAAGAACCUCCGGCCCCAGCGCGACCGCCUCGUGCAGCUCCGGCGCCGGCUGCAGCAGCAGCGGAGCGCCGGCGGCGACGACGACGACGCGGAGUGGAUCAAGGAGCUCGCCUCCAACCUCUUCAAGGUCUACUUCAUCGGCAUCGAGGCUGGCGCUCGUAUGCUCAUCUCCUGCCUCGAGCUGGCAGCCAAGGGCGGCGCCCGCCGCGGCUUCAAUCCCGCCCUCAUCUUCAUCCGCAACGAGCAGCUCUACGACGUGCUGAUCGCGCUGGGCCUCCCCGCGCGCCCGACCACCCAGACGGAGGCCUUGGCCCUCGUCAAUCUUACCUUCAACGCCGUCAAGCUGGCCCAGGAGCACCACAUCCCGCGCUGCAUCGAGCUCCUCAUCGGCGAGCGGCCGCCCAACCCUUCCAGCAAUUCGCCAAGAACGGCCUCCCCAGCCCGCAGCAUCGACCUGGACCAGGCGCUCACCUACCUCCACCGCGGGUGCUCCCUCGCGAGCCUCGCCGUCAAGCACAUCGACCUCGCCGUCGCCGUCCUCUCCAGCUUCCUCGACCCCGAGAAGGUCGCCAGCCUCUCCGAAUUCACCGACAAGCGCGCAUACAUAUCUGAGGACGGACCCUAUCCAUCAGAUGAUUGACACUCUGUUCACCUGAUCGAUGGAGGCUGUCAAGCGAUAGAGGAGUGGAAUCCCUUUGCAAUGUUGUUCCAAUCCGAGUAGUAG